AUGGCAAAGCAGGGUACAUCGAAUCCAGCCAAGAUCGCGACAACGACACCACCAGCCCAAGCAAUCGCCUCCCUCGACAUGCCGGCAGACUGUCCACCAGACGUAGAACAGCUUGGUCGCUCGGCAUGGACACUUCUUCACACCAUGGCAGCAAGCUAUCCAGAAAAGGCUUCACCAGAACAGCAAAGAGAGACAACAACGUUUAUGCGACUAUUUGGCAAGAUGUACCCUUGCUGGGUAUGCGCCGAUGAUUUCAGAGCAUGGAUGAAAGAUGGCAACGAGCCACGCGUGAGCAGCAGGGAAGACUUUGGACAAUGGAUGUGCGAGGCACACAACGCCGUCAACGUCAAGCUGGGCAAGAAGUCGUUCGACUGCAAAAAGUGGGAAGAGCGAUGGAGGACGGGCUGGAAAGAUGGACGAUGUGGUUGA